AUUACAUGAAUUUGAAGUUAAAUGUUGACCUGAAAGUCUAUAUAAAAAGUUCACCACUUGUCAUGUGUGCAUUGUUGUUGUAAGAAAACAGUAAGAAUUGACAUUUAUAUUUUAAGAAAAAACAAACAAACAACAAUUAAAAGGACCUGCAUUUUUUUUAACAAAGGACAAUAAAGGAUUUAUAAAAACGCGAUCAUGUAAUCUUGACAAUAUGCCUGAAGCAUUUUGAGUAUUUGGACAUAAGAAGCAUGGCGCAAGCUGUUUUCUGGAUGGUUGCUGGAAUAUUGAUAUGUUGGUACAGCGCGGGGUGUCCAGCGGAAGCGUGUCGCCCCGAGGAAGAUGCGAGCUUUAACCUCCGAGAGGUCAUCAUCGGAACAUGCGAGCGGUUCCAGGCGGACCAUCAGGACGUCUUCUGUCCAGACAGAUUCCGGAACUGUACGGAUAUUUGGGAAGCGUUCUCGGGGGCGUUCCGUCAGCAGCCGCGUUGUAACGUGAACGAGUCGAGGUACGACCGCUACGUUCAACUCACCGCCACAGACUUACCUAAGGACAAGGCCGUGUUUUGGGAGAACGUCUACCAUUUUGUGAGUCGCUUCACCAAUGGAGGUCGUCACUACUUUCAAGUCGGGGACACGCUGAUGGGCUACAUACCCGACGGCCUGCAGUGGUGCGGCAGCCUAAAUGAAUCGGAUAUCACUCCGGGCGGCAGCAAGUGUCCGAGCAGCUGGGAAGCUUCUUCCCACUGUCCGCAGGGCGCCUCUCGAGCGUGUUGGGUCGCCAUUUCCAAGUACUUCGCCCAGCACGUGAGCGGCGAGAUUUACGUCAUGUUAAACACUUCUGUGACCCCGAUCUACGCGAUCGACACGUAUCUUGCUGAGUACGAAAUUCCGUACCUCCGAUCAGGCGUUGUAACCAAGGCGACCGCAUUGCUGCUAAACGACAGCCCAGAACCCGGGAAAUCCCAGUGUUCUGAUGGCAGCCUGUCAGUGCUAGAAGGUCAACUGAGGCAGAAGAACAUCUCGUAUAUGUGCGUCGAAAACCGGAGAGACGUCGCUACCAUAUACUGCCUAGACAACCCUACAGCCAAACUGUGUGAUUCUCUGGCCCACGCCACCAACUCGGCACCAACCAUUGUUGGUUAAUGAAUGCCAUUCUUGUACUUUGUGUGUGCGCAUAUAUAUUGUUUUGAUGUAUUUUGUUAUCAAAAUACACAUUGGCAGGUUAUUAUUAGUAUGCAUGCAUAUGGGAACACACAAUGAUAGAUUGAGUUUUUUUGUACAAGGAUGGGCCUUAAAAUAAAAUUUUCUUAUUU